GGUCGCGCAGCAAACGGCGCCCCGCCGAGGAAGCCCAGGUGUCCGGCUCGCCUCGGCCAUCAACCCCAGAACCGAGCCCCCAACAGCCCUACGCUGGGAGGGAGGAAGCAGAGGGUGGACGGGGACUGGAUGGCUGGAUUUGGGGGUGAAAUUGCGCCGGACACCCUAUAACCCCAGAUCAAAGUACAAGGGGGAGACUCCUUCCUGAAGCCGACCACCCAGGAGUCCCGCUUCGGGCGCCCCCUCGGGUGGGGAUGAUGAGGGACAAGAGAGCGCGGGAUACUCGGCACCCAGUCCUACCUCCGGCGGGCUGGGACGGCGCGGUGUGCGCGGCCCCUUUAAGAAAGUUCGCUGGCCACCCCCACCCCACCCCCCGCACCAUGAGCAACCUGAAGCCGGACGGCGAGCACGGCACCAGCACGGGCACCGGCACCGGCACGGGCUCGGGCUCCAGCGGCACCCUGGAGGAGGAGGUCCGGACACUGUUCGUCAGUGGGCUCCCUGUGGAUAUUAAACCCAGAGAACUCUACCUGCUCUUCAGGCCGUUCAAGGGGUAUGAAGGGUCCCUGAUCAAGCUCACAUCGAGACAGCCUGUUGGUUUUGUGAUCUUUGACAGCCGGGCAGGAGCAGAAGCGGCCAAGAAUGCAUUGAACGGUAUUCGCUUUGAUCCUGAGAACCCUCAGACCCUGAGGCUAGAGUUUGCCAAAGCCAACACCAAGAUGGCCAAGAACAAGCUAAUGGCUACACCAAAUCCCACCAACGCUCACCCCGCCCUAGGAGCACACUUCAUCGCACGAGACCCCUAUGACCUGAUGGGGGCCGCUCUGAUCCCCGCAUCCCCAGAGGCCUGGGCCCCCUACCCUCUGUACACCACAGAGCUGACCCCAGCCAUCUCACAUGCUGCGUUUACCUACCCAGCCGCCACUGCUGCUGCCGCUGCCGCCCUACAUGCUCAGGUGCGCUGGUACCCUUCCUCUGAUACCACCCAGCAAGGAUGGAAAUAUCGUCAGUUCUGUUAGUUCUUCAGUCUGGUCACCACAGCUCGAAGCCCCCGCCCGCCUCACUGGGGAGGGAGCCACCCUGAGCUUCCACUGCCCUCAGGUGGCCCGUGCAGAGCUGCUGUUUCCCUCCAAAGACUGUGAAUUUUAAGCCUGACUCAGUGGACUCUGUUUCCUUUCUCUCCUUUUCCUCAGCCCUGUCCUGCCCCAAAGCCCUGCUCCAAGGCCUCACAGCAGGAUUCAGGGGCCUUCUCACUGGGACACCCAGACCCAGCUCGGAGGUCUCACUGGGACUGAGCAAGGCCUGACCUGCAGUCCAAAUUUGCUUCCGUAGCCCCACCUCAAAGAAAUGAGGCGUUUAAUUUUGCAUGUUUUCCUGGCAUGAAUUAAGACACGUAAACUUGUAUAUAUGUGAGUGUACAGUUUGUUCUCACAUUGUGUCACCAUAGCAACAAGUCCUGGCCACUAAUGGUGCAUCAUUCCUGGUCCCUCUCCCCACACCCGCCUCCCCUGCACCCACCCUGCUUCAGUGAGGACCAAGCCCUGCAGCCAGUUCCGCCCUGCGGCUGGCGGCCUCCACCACCCCACACACUUCCAGGCUGAACAGGAAGGACCACCCAGCCAAGACCGAGCGUUUUCUUGGUCAUUUCAAGUUGGGGUCCUCUGCUUCCUCCCCCUCAGAGGAGCCAACAGCCAUUGAGAAAACCCUUUCUCUGCCCAGUUUCGCUUACCUCUCUGCGGCGCACCCCACCCCUGCCAUGGUUCCUCAUGGUUUCCAAACUUCAAAACCAACCAAAAAGUGAAAGUAUUUUUGUACCCUGUGUAACAAAAUAUUUAUGCAACAUGAAGGAUUUUUCGUGUGUGUGUGCAAUUAAUUAUUGAAGAGACCUUGUCCGCCCUGUCAGAUAAGUUUAACAUUUUAGUUUGAGGCAUGAAGAAGAAAAGGGUUUCCGUUCUCCAGCAGUGAGCCUUAGCGUCAGCCGUUAGUUUAAGAAAAAUGAAGGAAAAAUUGUGCAAUUUUUUGUUUCGUGUGCACAUCAGUGCAUUGCCUUUGGCCGCAGCUGUGGCUGUCUUGCCGUUUUCAGACUUGGGAGACGAGGAGGCUGUUGUAAUUGCUGAUCCUGUGAGAAUGUGAAACUGGAUAAUAUAUGAAAUGCAAAAUAAAAAA